UAUAUCUGUGCCAGUCCCCGUCUUGGAUUGCCAGCAUUCAUACACCAACCAAAAGCCAACCUUGAGAGCAGCAAAAAUGGGGAAAAUGGAGGCUUCUGACAACUCGUCUGAGACGAGUAAAGGGAGCAUGGCUUCCUCUUCUUCAAGAGUAGAGAUGAAACGAACCAUCUCUUUAUUCAGUGGUGUUGCUAUAAACAUCGGUAUCAUCAUCGGCUCCGGGAUCUUCAUCUCCCCUAAGGGGGUGUUACGAGGCGCUGGCUCCGUCGGUCUGACCCUCGUCAUCUGGGCAGCUUGCGGGGUGUUCUCGCUCCUUGGUGCCCUGUGCUAUGCCGAGCUUGGAACCACUUGGCCGUCGUCUGGAGGUGCUUACGCCUACCUGAAGGCCAUCUACGGGGACCUGGCUGCUUUCCUCUUGCUGUGGUUAUCUAUUCUCAUUGCCCAACCGUCUUCAUUUGCUGUGAUUGCUCUGACUUUUGGAAACUAUUGCAUCCAGCCACUAUACCCAGAUCCAUCGUGUCCCCCACCACAAAUUGUCCCUCAGCUCUUAGGAACAGCCGUCAUAUUAUUACUGGGGUUGACGAACGUAUUGAGCACCCGACUCACAGCUUUAGUACAAAACUUCUUCGUUGUCUGCAAGUUACUCGCCUUGGCAAUCAUUAUAGUUGCUGGUGUAUGGCAGCUAUUUUUAGGUCAAACCCAGAAUUUCGAAAAUGCUUUCGAGGGGUCUACCUUCUCGGGUCUCGGCGACGCAUUGUAUUCGGGUCUCUUCUCUUAUGCAGGAUGGUACAGCCUGAACAUUGUUGCUGAGGAGUUGAAGGAUCCAAACAAGAAUCUUCCACGAGCUAUCUACAUCACCCUAAUCUCAGUGACCAUCAUUUACACGUUGGCUAAUGUGGCCUAUCUCACCGUCUUGACGCCUCAGGAACUACUCGCUUCAAAUGCAGUCGCUGUGACGUUCGGUGAGAAGGUGCUUGGUGUCUUUGCUUUGAUCAUGCCGAUUUCAGUCGCUCUUUCUACCUUCGGAUCCGUGAAUGGCAACAUGCUCACGUGUUCUAGAAUCUUCUACGUUGGUGCCCGAGAGAAGCAACUGCCAUCUUUGUUAUCAAUGAUUCACAUUCAGUAUCUAACGCCACUCCCUUCCGUCAUCAUUACCGUACUUCUAUCACUCAUGUAUACCUUUUCUAAUGACAUCUAUACGUUGAUAAAUUACUUCAAUUUCGUGACUUGGACAUCGAGCGGUGCCGUGGUAGCGGGGAUGAUUUGGGUUAGGUACAAAGAACCAAACAAGCCACGCCCCUUUAAGGUCAACAUCCUGAUAGCCAUUGUGUUUGUAUUGGCGUCCAUCUUCCUGGUCAUAGUGGGAACCAUCGAUUCACCCAUAGACACCGCUAUUGGCUUUGGUAUCAUGCUGACAGGGAUACCAGUUUAUUUCCUGCUGGUUUACCCCAAACAGUUGCCAAAAUGGCUGAGUAAAAUACAAGAUGCGAUUACCCAUCGUCUGCAGAGGCUCAUGCUUGUCGUUCGAGAGGAGAGACCGUGAAGAGUAGUAGACCAAAGGAAGGAUUCAAAGACUCUACAAUGUUUAUAUCAUGCCCGAUAUCGUGUGUCCUCACUAUUAUAUUAAUCAACCAACGACUCCACUACAAACUCUCCACGGUGACCGAUACAAAACACUUUUAACGGUCAAGCUCCAACCUAUCGCUACUCUGACACUCGGCAUCUUACAGGCUCUCUCCAGAUCGAGACGCUCGUGUGGAGAUGUGUGGCUGCUCCACGAGUUUGGAACGGUCUACUCUCACCAAAGAGAUGUUUGCACAUCUAGCCUAACUACAUCCCUUCAUCAUUGCUUCAAGUCCAGUUCAAAGGCAGUUAGGCAGGACAAAUUACACAAAAUAUUGAUGAGCCGCAUAGCUUAAUACUUUAAAUAGUACGAGCCGAAAAGAGGCAUAUUCAUUUGCGGGAUGGAAAAUGCAAGCACAAUUCUACUGACUUUUUGGUCCUUGAAUGCCCAAAUCGUGCUCCUCUAAAAAAAAAACAAUAAAAAAAUUGUAUUUUUGCCGUUGUCAAAACUGUGCAUUUUGGAUGGAUAGUAGGCCAACCGUGUAAAACAUUAAAGUGCAGAAUA